GGACGACCGUCUGAUGUCAGAUCAAUUCCACCAUCUCAUUCUAGUGCCACAUCAACAUAUCUUGACAACACAACGUUUCCCUCUUCAACGGCUAAAUACAGAUGGCUCGGUGCCCCAAAGCGAGCGGUUAGAGUUCUCUGAUAUUUUCGACGAAGAGUUAUUCGUAUCCGCUUUGAUGGACGGUUGGGGUUUGAAAGUCAUACGGCAACCUUCGCAGUCGCUCACGAUAACCGAGGUUUUGCAUGAGAAGAUGUCGCCGUCUACAGUGUACGAGCAACUGCUUACCAUCACCGACGCUCCGAGAGUCCGAUUGCAAGGCUGUGCUUUAUACAGUAUGUCUGCAUCAGAUGUAUCGGUUUUCUCGUCCAUCUUCUUGGCAACGGUUAGCAGCCUAAAGCCAUGCCAGUUCUUGGCCAAGAUUGUUCUAUCUGGCUGCAAUAUGGUCGCGAAGAUUUCCUCUAUGAAGGUGUUUAAUGGGCUAGAAGUGCUGACACAUAAAACAUGGGGCGCUCCAGACGGAGACAAAGAGAGUGAAUGCGCACAAUUGGUUGGUGAGUCCUAUGACAACCAAAUCUCUCUCGAUCAUAGUGGUGCCGGUGCAGAGUCCGGGGUGAAACCACCUCUCACCCGAGAAAAAGCCAUAGAAACACUGUGCAAGGACGCUGACGCUAAGCCUGCGCGGAUAGUAGACCUGCUGAAAGACAGGGGUGUACCAGGCGGAAGACCUAUUUAUCUCCACACAUCCACACCUGCACAUGCCCGUACCGCACACGCACUGCGUGCUGUAUUUCGAAACAUACAAACACGCGAUGAUAUAGAGAAGUACGCAGGGACGAUCGACACGCUUUCACGGGAGCAGCAGGAGCUGAUCGACUUCUUCAUCUGUAAGGCGAGCACUGUGUUUUUGGGUCACUCUGUGUCGCCAUUCACAGCAGUGCUAGCUAUGUUGCGCCUUCCCAAGAAUGAUUAUACCUUUUGGUACAACUCGGGUACCAUCCCACUACUCCAUCGCAUCCCUGUGCUCCAGGGAGUACCCCUGAUCAUCCCGUACGAUCGAGAGCAGAACCAGGAAGAGCAACUGAAAGUGAGUAUAACAAGUGCGAUAGACAUAGGGAAGGCGAGUGUGACGUGUGUGUACACUGCCGCUGGUGGACCGACCAGAACAUCACUCAACGCCAACCCAGACGCUACAAGCGAUCCUCUGGUCGUGUGGAUGCGCGAGCAGGGCGUGCGAGUGCUCAUGCCUGAGCCAUCCACGUUGAAGUACAUCGAGAACAAGUGGAUCGGUUUGAUCGUGCCUCGCAUGCGCAUACACCAUGAGUAUGUUGUGGUGGGUCGUGUGGAGUCCGUGUACUCGUCGCCGCUCACUCUGGAUUGGGCUGUGCCAAUUGACACCGCUGCAAAAGCUUUGCAGCUCCCUCAGUGCGACGAUUCGGUGGAAACCGUUGAGAACAACAACAUGGACAAUGAAUACGCUAGUGCGAUCAUGUACCACAUGCCAAGGAUUCUCAGAACGGCCACACGGGUAGAUGCUGGUGUAAAGGAAAGGCUCAAAGAUAUUCCAGUACAGGAUCGUGCGAAGACGGGAUAUGCAUUUGCACUCGAUUUCUACACAAAUAUAGAGUGAUCUGGAUUUUCGCAACAAAAUACCUACGACUGGGGUGCCAACCGGUGAGAUAGACUCGAUCUCAGCGUGACUAUGCAGCGCUCAAGCUCUGAGUUCGUGAUCUGAAAGCUAUAUACCACGCCUCAAGAUGAGUUUAUGCACAUACAUGCUGAAUACGAUAUGAAGAUAUGGUGAAGUCAGCCCUUAAUCCAGAUUCAGCAUAUGUCGUUCGGUGAAUUGGACACCAAUAUACCAACUGGAUACUACAUCGGCUUACCGCGAGGAUGUAGUGUGAAACAAGCCA